AUGCUCACCUCAUCCGCCACUCGAUCAGUUGACUAUUUAGGUCAAUCUCAUCAAUGGUCUGACACUGAUGUUCUUUAUUCUUACAAAGAAAUUAGUAGUCAACUUAAUGCUUGUGCUCGUAAAUGUCGUGAUGAAAAAGAAAAAGAACGAAAUAUCAGCAAACAAUUACAACGACGAAAAGAAUUAUCAGCAUUAAAAGCCGACGAGAAACGUUUAGUUCGAAUGAAAAAUGCUUUAUGGAGACGUAUGGGUCCUACUCUUGGUGUAGUUGCUAAAGGAAAUAAGCUAGUGUCUCCAAGAACCUUGAAAUGUGCCUCUUCUAGUGGUAGCAGUAGCCUUUCUUCAUCUCCACCUUCAUCUGCCUUUGCAUCUCCUCCUUUAUCACCAACUACCACCAACAUCAAUUCCAUUCCUAAUUCACCAACUGCUUACUUGAAACCAGUUCUUAAAAAACCAGUUGAACACGAUCCAUUAAAAGAUCUGAUCUCUUAUGCUUGUGAAUUAAUGUUGCUCAAUAACAAAAAUGAUAAGACUGCUAUUGAUAAUAAAUUUUACGAAAAGAUUUUCAACAAUCGUAAUUAUGGCCAUGGCAGUAAAGCUUAUUAUUAUAAUAGUAAUGAUAAAUUGUCAUCACCACCCGAGUAUUAUCAUCAGCAGGAACAACAAAAACCAAAAAAGAAAAAAUCUAUUAGAUUUAGUCGUAAUUUGGAGCAAGUUCACUACACUCCUACUCAUUAUUCUAUCAGACCACCUCCUGCAAGACUUAACGCUAAUGGCAACGAUUAUCAUCAAAUAUUCGCUCGGGCUAAAGAACAAGUUAAAUCAACUGGUAAACUUCAAUUAUUUGGUGAAGAUGUCUUAUCUUCUUCUCCUACUGCAACCACCACCACCACCAAAAAUCAACCAAAACCAGUAGCAACAGCUCAACAAAAAAAAUCAGUUUCCACCAACUCUAGUAAAAGUCGUAACAAUAAAAAUGCUACGGUGCAACAAAUUAAUAAUAGAAAACUCAAUAAACAUCAUCGUGGUGUAACAACAAACCACGUGGUGGAACAUUCUGAAACACUAGAUGAUUCAGGAGUUGUGAAACGAUGUGUUGAUGUUGCGUCCAAUGUAAAAGAUGUGGUCAGUUGGUGCGGUUCCAUGUUAUGGAACACGACACUCCAAGACGAAUUAGAGAUUAUUGAAGCUGGUCACUGUCAAGGAGGCGAUUCCUAA